GUAAUGAAUUAUAUUUGCCCGUCCCAUCAUCCAUUUGUUUUUGGUUUUCCUGCUCUGUCUCUAUUUCUUAUCCUUAUUCAAAAUCAUUUAUCUCGACUCUCACGAUCACCAGUAAAGAGAAAAUACCAAGCUAAUCUUUCCCGUGAAAAGAUCCCCGGGCCGGGGGCGGAGAUUUGAGCCAGCAGUUCUUUCCAUGAACCCUAUUCACUGUUACUGCUUAUCUUAUCAAACAGAAGCCAUCUCUACGAAGAGAUUCUAAUUUGUAAGUGAUCGACCGGCAGAACUCUCCCUUCGGCCUUGCUUCACUCACCGGCACUUGAAAAAACCCUACCAAGAUAACCAAAGCACCAACCCUCUGCGUUUUUCAUUUUUGUUUUGUUAAUGAAUCCUGCUUCUGUAGGAGGUGCUGCAACGGACCCGAAUAGCAUCAGCGAGGGUCCAUCAUCCGGUGUAGUUAUAGCUUCAUCGACGCUGCCCACGGCUUCACACCAAAGUGGAGCUGGUGAGUCGUCUUCUUCCCCACCUCCACCGAGUCGCUACGAGUCACAAAAGCGUCGAGACUGGAAUACUUUCUUGCAGUACUUGAAGAACCAUAAGCCCCCGUUAACACUAGCUCGUUGCAGUGGUGCCCACGUUAUUGAGUUCUUGAAAUACCUUGACCAGUUUGGUAAAACUAAGGUUCACAUAACAGGUUGUCCUUAUUUCGGACAUCCAAACCCACCUGCUCCUUGCUCUUGCCCACUCAAGCAAGCCUGGGGAAGCCUCGACGCGCUGAUCGGACGGCUUAGAGCUGCUUAUGACGAAAACGGUGGACGUCCAGAAUCAAACCCUUUUGCCGCAAAGGCUGUGAGGAUUUAUUUGAGGGAAGUGAGAGAAGGGCAAGCUAAAGCUAGAGGGAUUCCUUACGAGAAGAAGAAGCGAAAAAGGUCUAAUACAAUCACAACCGCUGCUGUUGGUGUCAAUGAUUUGGUUGUCAGACCGAAGUUUAGAAGCGCCCUGCGAACUCUUUUCUGCCCUUUGCAGUUUGCACAUUGGGAUCCAGUAGAGAGGCCAUGGUUUGACACCGAUAAUCUUUGUCUUCCAGUUACACAACUUUGUCGAGUUCCAUAUAUGUUGCCAUUGGCUUGCUUUAAAGGGAAAGCAAUGGCAUGGAAAAGCAUGGCGAUAUCCGACAUGUGCCAGCCACUGGAUAAACAUUACUGGCCACUUGUUCGGCAGCAUGGAGCAACCUUGGAAUAUGUAUUAAUCAAUAAGCCUAGUUAA